AUGAAAGCAAGCGUUUUCAUAGUGUUAGCUUUGCUUUUGUUGACCCAAAGUGCUACAGAGGCCAGGUCACAUUCCCACCAUAGUGGCCACCAACAAGAAUUAAGAAGAAGAAGAAGAGGCGGUGGUGGUGGUGGGAGAAGAGGAGGAACAUCUUGUGACCCGUUGUUUCAGUUCCUGUUCGGAACCUGUGGUCAAUGGCCUUUCUCAACAUCUGCCUCUCCGGACAACCCUUUUCUGCCUAGGCGAAGGCCUUCCCCUCGUAGGAGAUCUCCGCCAUUGCCGCCGCCUUUACCACCUUUAUUACCAUCCCCUCCUCCAAUAGUCUCAUCACCACCACCCUUACUUCCUUCACCUUCCCCACCACCAGUUACUUCUGCUCCACCACCUUCAUCUGCUCCACCACCUUCAUCCCCACCGCCGCUGUCACCGCCUCCACCAUUAGUUCCAUCACCACCACCACCGACAGAAAGUCCACCACCAUUUGUAUUUUCACCACCGCCGCUAGUUCUUUCACCACCUCCAACGCCAAUAUUUCCAUGGCUAACUCCUCCGGUCACUCCAUCGAUUCCAGAUUUAUCACCACCACCAAACCCUUUCCUUCCGCCAGAGCCUGAUACGACACCAGCACCACCUCUGCUCCCAAUAUUUUCUCCUCCAGGCGAUGAAUUUACACCACUCCCGCCCGUAUUUACACCACCAGACGAUGAUUUUACACCAGCAACGCCACUACCGCCCGUAUUUGCUACUCCAACGGAGCCUAACAUGCCUCCAGAUGAUGGAUUUACACCAACAACGCCUCUUCUUCCCGUAUUUGCUCCACCAGUCGAGUUUCAACCAACACCACCGUUUCUGCCCAUAAUUUUUUCGCCGCCAGCACAAGAUUUGCCGCCUGAUGUGACCGUCCCAGCACCUAUAGUCCCAAUAUUUUCUUCACCACAACUUCCACCCUUUACAUUUGCACCACCCAUUGAAUCAACUGGUCCACCAAAUGUUUUUCUGCCAACUCCAGUAAUUCCAACUAUCCCUGAGCAGCCAUUUCCAUUUUCCUCCACUCCAUCAGCACCAGAUACGGGUUUCAUGCAGCCAGAGUCACCUCCGAAAACUUUCUUACCACCGGUCCAGCUUACUCCCGCAUUUGAUUCGCCUCCUUUUAAACAUUAG